AUGUCAUGCGAAUCAAUCGCCGGAGCUGAUUUAUAUAUUACCAAUUCAUCAGACGUAAAUAUUGAAAACUACUACUCAGAUUCCAAUGCAAACGUUGAAUACGGGAUUAAUAACAAAGUACAAAUCUCCAGUGACACAUUGUCGAUUAUCCACUUGAAUAUGACAGAUAAAAAAUACGAUGCAUCUGCACUCAUUGCUACACAGAGAACAUUUUCGGUAAAUUUUUCUUCAUUUUCGAAUUUUUCAGGCCGAAACGUAAUAGAGCAUUAUACGUAUCCCAAUUUUUAUUAUACCAAGUGCCAAUUUUUACAUAUUUACCCCAAAUCAAUUUUUAUUUAUACAUUAAAAAGAGUCAUAAUCUUAGAUUCUCAGUUUAAAGAUUGUUUCUUAGUUUGUGUUAAGAAUAGUAUCAAACUUGGAAACUGUAUCCUUGAUGAAACAAAUUAUUCCAAUAUUCUUCAAGAAAACGUAACAGAAUCAGCAUUUCAUGAUGAAUUCAUUCAUACAUAUUGCAAUUUUGUCAGAAUUAAUAAAGUACAAGCAUUCAAAGACAUUAAAAACACAAGAAUUAUUUCAUCAAUAAAUUAUUCACAGAUUUCUAUUGAAAACUGUCGAUUUGAUGAUAUUUCCAAUCAAUAUAGUGGUGUUGUCAUAUCAAUUAAUGACAUUUCCAAAAUAAUUUCGAUAAAUGAAUCAACAUUUCGGAAAAUCAAAGGAGAUCAGUAUUCACUUACAAGUUCUGGAGCUAUAUAUGUUUCUGGAUAUGAUAUUAACUAUAAAAACUCAAAGAUUUGUUGUCUUGAAAAUUCAGGAUAUUUUGGAGCUUUUCUUUGUAUAUUUUCUGACGAAAACUCAAAGGCAGAGGUCAAACAAACAACUAUUUGUAGCGAAAAUACAAAAUUGGUUUCAAUUUACGCUCAAUGUCAAUUAACGGUUAAUGUAAACUAUUCAAAUUCAAUAGGCAAAGAUAAUGUUUAUAUUUUAAGUGAACAAGACACAGAUAUUGGUGAAUCACUAUUUUGCAAUGCAGUUUUAGAUGUACACUUAUUAAAUACUUUUAUUCAUUGUGACAAAUUUUUGUCAAUUUCAAACAGUGGAUUUUCCAAUUUCAGCAUCAUUAAUAAUAAUAAUUUGUCUGUAAUAGCUGGUAUUAAUAGCGAAACUACUGAUUUAUUUAAUUGUUCAAUUGAUGUUUCGGAUGAUAUUAUUUUUGUUUCUGGAAUCAAUAUUUAUAUGAGAAAUUGUUUUUAUACGAAAAAACCGAAUGUAUUUUAUAAUAUAACAUAUAACCAAUCAGAUAAUCAACUUGUUGAUCAUGUUGUCAUGCCUUACUAUGAUUAUUUCCCUUCUGUUGAGAAAUGGUUCGCUGAAAAAAAAAAUAAUUUGUACUUGUUAAUUCCAAUUAUUUUUGUCAUUGUUGUAUCAACAUUGAUAUUUGUUUUGAUAGCAUGGAGAAAGAAACAGAGAAUAGCACAAAUGGAGAUGUCUAUUUCUCUUAGAGCAAAUCUUGUAAAUGAUUUUGGAUAA